UUGGUUCGCUCUCUAACUACAAUCGAAUUCGUUUCUGGCUCUGAAAAAGUCACAAGUCGACGUUUUCGUUCUAGAGAGAGAAUCAGAGUUUUUUGGUUUAAGAGGAGAGAGAAACACAGAGAGAAAUCGAGAGGAAGAGACAGAGGGAGAACCUGAGAGCGAGAGAGAGGCUACCAUGAUAACGCGAUCGAAUCUGGCCGAACAGUUACGCGAGUAUCAGAUUCGAUCCAAGCAUGACUGGGCCUCUGUCUCGUUCUUCUCCUCCACUUCUUCAAACAUCGCCAGUUCCAGGGUGGAUGUGGUGGUUUUUGUAAUAUGGGAACUUAUUAUUUUAGCCUUCUUGGUAUUUUCUGUAGUCUCUCUGUACUUCAAGCACAUCCGACUUGCUUUUAUUUUAGUCUGCGUCACAAUCCUAUUGCUUUUAUGCAUGAAAAUUACAAAGCAAGUAAGACUCGCAAGGAAAAAGAAACGAAGGAUGCUUCUUCCAUUGUCAAUGUAAAACGGCAUCAAGUAUUGACAUUUGGCAUAUUCCUAUUCUCGUACAGCCUCACCGGUAAGGUCUUGGCCAUUCUUGACCAUUUCCAUUGGUCCCGCAUCUCAUUCAUCACUGGAUUGUGUAUCAUCUGAUUCCACCAAAUUGACUAAAGUAUAUAAUCGAUGUUUUCACAUCAACACAAUCUUAUCCAAUUGGUUGAUCUAGAUCAAUGUUGGA